AUGGGUGAGAUAGGCAUGGACCAGCUGGGUCUGGCCGAGGCUGCCGCCGCCGUGAAGGAGGAGGGCAUCCUCGACGAUGACGAGGAGACGUCACCGAUAGAGCAAGUGCGACUGACGGUGCCGACGACGGAUGACUCGUCGCUGCCGGUGUGGAUGUUCCGGAUGUGGAGCAUCGGGCUUCUGUCGUGCGCGCUCAUGAGCUUCCUCAACCAAUUCUUCUCAUACCGAACGGAGCCGCUGGUGGUGACGCAGUUCACGGUGCAGGUGGCGUCGCUUCCCGUGGGCCACUUCAUGGCCCGGGUGCUGCCGCAUACCAGGUUCCGGGCGCCCGCGCUGUUGGGCAGCAGGGCGUGGAGCCUCAACCCGGGGCCCUUCAACAUCAAGGAGCACAUGCUCAUAUACAUCUUCGCCAACGCCGACUUCACCUAA